AGGCUUCACAUCCGGGUCAUCCGGCAGUAUCUGUCUCUUGCGUCUGUGUGUCUGAGAGUAAGAAUUGUUUCCUCCGCCGCCGUGCUGUACUGCAGCUCUCUGCCCGACUGUGCGGCUCGCCGAGCGGACACUACGCGUGGCGUGCACCGGUGAUGAUGGAGCCACGGGCGCUGUGAAGCUGCAGCCGGUCGCACAAAGGCAGGGAUGAGACGGUAGGAGGCGUUUGUAUGGGCCAGCCCGCGGUGAUUUACUCGCCCUAACGAUGUCUAAGAGCCUCAAGAAGAAAAACCACUGGACCAACAAAGUCCACGAAGCUGUAGUAACCCGGGGGAAGGAAGGGGAGCUGGGGUUCGAGCUGAAGGGGGGCGCGGAGAUCGGCCAGUUCCCCUACUUCGGCGAGGUGAAGCAGGGGAAGGGACUGAUCCAGAGCGGAAAACUGGCCCAGGAUGAGCUUCUGCUGGAGGUCAACAACAUGCCGGUGGCCGGGCUCACCACCCGGGACGUGCUGGCCGUGAUUAAACACUGCAAAGACCCGGUCCGCCUCAAAUGUGUCAAGCAAGCCAGUGUGCAAGCAGACAUGGUCUCUACACGCCUAGAACAUUGGAUUGAAGGAAGAGCAGAGGAGAUGGUUAUCAUCACACCCUCUGAGGCUCAGUACAAGUCCUCAUAA